AUGCAUAUAGAGUCAGAAAAGUGUUUCCAUGGGUCCGAUGCACAGUCGUUUCAUCACAUUUUCCAUACUUUGCCCAAUAAGCCCACCUCAGACUUGUCCAAAUCACUGUUACAUACUUUCUCAAGAGUUAUAAGUUCUUCAUCUUCAAGUAAUUAUUUUAAUAAUGCUACAAAUAACGCUUCUGUGUCAUCGGGAAUAAUGGCUUAUAUAAACGAAAGCACAAUAGGUAUUGAUCAAGUGUUUAGAGGACCUUAUGGAGACAGGAGAGUUGUAUAUUGUGAUUGGACUGCAUCAGGAAGGUCUUUAUCAUUCAUAGAGGACUUCAUUCGUGCUGAAGUAUUGCCAAUGUAUGGUAAUACUCAUACUACCACAAGUCUCAAUUCUCUUCAGACAACCAUGUUUCGUCAUCAGGCAAGGGAAAUUAUUCGAAAUUCUGUAGGUGCAUCUGAAGAAGACGCAGUAAUAUUUGUUGGGAGUGGCUGUACUGGAGCCAUUCACAAGCUCAUUCAUAAUUUGCACCUUGAAAAGCCUCCUGUAAUGUGA